CCUCACAGUCAAGCAGUUGUUUUAUUCAAUCGCCAAACGCUGAGUCUCUAAAUAUCUAUUCACUGAAUCGAUUCAAUGACAGAACUUAGAAGAAAAAAAUUGGGUUUUUUUUAUUCAAAUGGACUUCAUCUAGAGUUAAAGUGAUAAUGUGCUUACUUCUUAGUUGAUACCUGAUUAGUGAUAACGAUUAGAGUUUGUCCUGAAUAGUAUUCUCAGACUGAGUGAUACCUACUCAUUAAAAUGCAUAACAAAAGGAAGAGGAACCGAGAGCCUAAUAUAAAACCAUUUCCAGCCUCCAUUGGCGGUGAUCAAAACUAUGCGAUGCAAGAUUACAACUUUCAUGAUAAUUACAACUCGGGCAUUAAUUCCUUUGGUUUCGGAUAUGAUGCUUAUGGAUCUGGACACUCUAGGGGACACCCAUCCUUUUAUCGACAGAACAGUAUGAUUGUCGAACACCGACAAUAUUAUCCUAUUACCACUCGUGAAAAAUACAGAAACUUUGGAAAACCUUCCAACAAUUCAAGCGGAUUUGAAAGUAGUAAUUCAUCACAAUUUCAACACCAAAAACCACAUAAAGCCAAUAGUGGCUACAGACAUUUUGGUAACACUUUCAACAAAAGAGGGCCGGAAAGCAAUAUAGUAUCGCAAUUUCAACAACAAAAAUCAAGCAAUCUUCAUACAGGCUCUGGAAACUUUGGAAGCACUUUUAAUAACACAAGAGGACCGGAAAGCAAUACAGCAACGCAAUUUCAACAGCAAAAAUCAUUCAAUGUCAAUAGAGGCGCUGGAAUCCGUGGAGAUACAUUCAUCAACGGAAAGUUUUUGGAAAAUAAUAAUGCAUCACAAUUUCAACUCUACAAACCUGAUAGUGUGAAAAGUGGUUCCGGAAUUUUCGGAGAUGCCUUCAAUAACACAAGACUUUUGGAAAAGAGUAACACAUCAAUGUCACUAUAUCAGAAAGCUGAUUAUGUCAAAACUGGAACCGGAAACUUUGAGAAUGAUUUCAAGAACACAAGAGAUUUGGAAAGCAAGAAAGAAGCGUCGCCAGUUCAACAACCAAGAGCUGAUAAUGUCAAAACUAGCAAAGGGACUUAUAAUAAAAACGAUAGAAAACAAAAAGCGAAACCUAAUACUGUCGAGAAGAGGCUGAACGAAAUGUUAGCUGCUCCUGUAGACAUGACAAAAGGAGCGAGUAUGUUGCAAAAGAUGGGAUGGACUGGUGGUGGAUUGGGGAGAUCUGGGGAAGGUAUUGUAGAACCCAUAGCCCCAAAUGCCGCAUAUGUAACCGGAAAAGGAUUUGGAACUGACACUCCGACACCAAAAAAAAAUCGAAACCGACAAAAAGUAAAACUUCCAAGCAACCUAACCAAACAAGAAAGGAGAAAAAUACACAAACAGAGAGAAUCGGAACUAAGGGUAAAACAAAAAGCCGAGGCAGUAACGGUGCGGCGACUGUUUAAACAGGAAGUAUUAGAGAAAAUACUUGAAUUCGUUCAAAGAGAUGAUCAGAUUGAAUUGUUCUUUGAAGAAAAGUUAAGUAAGAAUGAAAGGAAGAUCAUCCAUAAAUUGGUUGAAGACAUGAGAGAGUAUGGUGAGAUAAUAGCUCAAGAAGAAGAUGAUGUUACUAUGAUGGAUACAACGCAGAAAAUUGUCCACGCUAAUGAUUAUGUGUUGCAAACGCAAAGCGAGGGAGAGGUCCCGAAUAGACGGAUUUGUAUAUUUAAAGAAGCACCUGAUCAUGUGUAUCUGGUUACACCAGACGAUUUAAGAUAUGAUGAGACCAGCCCAAAUGCAUGUGAACAGAAAAAAAUGGAUAUAAAAAGAAACAACAAGGAUAUCAAAUGUGCCAAUAAACUUAAGCCUAGAAAGAUUAAAAAAAGUAAAUUAAAAAAAAUUGAAAAAUUACUAACAGAAAAAAAUAUUUCUGAAGAAAAUUUACCGAAAGAAAAAGGAUCUCAUAAUGAAAAUCAGACCAUAAAUAUAAUAACAAAUGUUAGUGAAAAUUCUAAAUCUCCUGAGAAAACUGAAAGUGACGACAAAAUAUUUUCUGUACCUCAAACAAGACUGGAUGUAACUGAUGUAAAGAAAAGUAUUUUAAAAGAAAAUCCAACACAAGACGGUAUUGAAACAUUAGAAAAUAACUUUUUCUUAGCUAAUAUUUGUGAAAAUCAAGAUAAAGAAGUAUUAAAUGUGAAUGAACAACAUAUUGACAAUGUAGUUGAGGAAAAUCUCGAACCAGUUGAUGAACAACGUUGUGAUAUAGGUUCCAAUGAUUUAAAACAAAAUGAUGAAAUAGACGAGGCUAUUAAUUUAGUCGAAGAUUACAUAUCUUACGAUAAACUAACAGAAGAAGAGUCAAAUAGCAACACACAAUACCAAAAUAACGAAAUGGUUGACGAUAAUGAAAAUCAAUCAACUGGAACAAUUGAAUCAUUUGAAAAUCUGGAUUAUAUUGAUAUUACUCCUGAAGCAGAUGCAACAGAAAAUAUUAAAGCUGAAAAUACAGUUGUACUCACAGAAAAUAUGGUAGUUACAAGAAUGGUGGAGUUUUUUAUAGAUUUCGAUAAUUCUGAAGAGCACACAGAAUUUAGAAUACUAGGAAAAUUUAAUGAAGUUGAAUUUAACGGUUUGAUAAAAUUCUUCGCAUUCUGUGCUCAAAGCGAGAUACCAUAUUGUGAGGAAAGGAGGAAAAUAGAAGAGGUGUGGAAUAAUGAUAAGCAUUAUUUCGAGUUGAGGAAUAAUCGUAAUGACACUAUUGUGAUAUACAAAAUAGCGAAAAAUACUGUACAAGAAACUGAUCCAAGCUAAAAGGGUUUUCGUUAUUUCUAUUUUAGGUCAUGAUUGGUUCUCUUCUAUCUAUCUCUAUAAAAAUCUAUUCAACGAGACUGAAGAAAAUAUUAAAUUAAUUAAGUCAAGUUGGUUUUAAAAUCAAUCAAUUUUGUUAGCAGUGGAAUGGAUUCGGGUCAAGGGUAACGUUGGGCUUCACAACAGUUGAGUCCCUCGUAUCACAUUAUUCAGUUAGCGACGCACGGACCUCAGAGAUAAUGAUCCUCAAUGAUCGUUUCCCAAUCCACAUCAUCUCUCCAUCUUUCAGAGCAAAAAUUCUUUACAUUUUCAUAAGUUUCAUUCAUAGUUGCAUGCAUUGAGUGUUUAGGACAUUCUUUAUAUAAAAUUGACAUCCAUGAGUCAAGCAGUGUUAGCAGACAUUAAUUGUUUAUAAGAUCAGCCCGCUGACAUAUGGUUCUCCAUGGACCCUUAUGGUAGAAAACCGUUUUUGUUCUACAAUUAAUAAUAUAAUCCCGGUAGGUGCAAUCAUUUAUAUGAUGAAUAUGGAUGUUUGUUUCCGAGUCAUGGAUGUUUAUUUGUAUUUAUGUAUGUUUAAGUAAGUAUAUUGUACGUAUUAAAUAUAUCCUUGUCUUGCACUAUACCUAGUUUGGAGCAAGAUAAUUUGUGUAGGAGUGCGUCAAUAUUAUUAUUUGAUCGCGAGCUAAUACGAAGGCGUUUGUCUAAGGUCUAGUCACAUAAGUUUAUUUAUUUUAAAUUGUAUAUAUUGUUUUUAUAAAGAUAAUAAAAAAUGGAGAAUGAA